AAUUAGGGUUUCGAGGCCUUUAUUUUCUUCUUCCGCCCUUGCGCUUCAGUGCUUUCAUCUCUUCUAGGAGGAGCAGCAGCAACAGGAACUGGGGCGCUAGGGUUUAGAAAGCAAAGAUGGCGGAUUCCAAGGCAGUUACCAUUCGAACCAGAAAAUUUAUGACCAACAGGCUUCUCUCCAGGAAACAGUUCGUUAUUGAUGUUCUUCAUCCCGGAAGACCGAAUGUUUCUAAGGCGGAGCUAAAGGAGAAGCUCGGAAGGAUGUACGAGGUGAAAGAUCCAAACUCAAUAUUCGUUUUCAAGUUUAGAACCCAUUUUGGUGGUGGCAAGUCCACUGGUUUCGGUUUGAUCUACGAUUCUGUAGAUAGUGCCAAGAAGUACGAGCCCAAGUAUAGGCUCAUCAGGAAUGGACUUGAUACAAAGGUUGAGAAGUCAAGAAAGCAAAUGAAGGAAAGGAAGAACAGGGCCAAAAAGAUUCGUGGUAUUAAGAAGACUAAGGCUGGAGAUGCUGCCAAAGCUGGGAAGAAGAAAUGAAGAGGUGGAGUCAGAUUUUGUGCUUACCUUUUUGCUACUACUCUAUAUACUUUAAUUUUCUUUUCUUCUGAUUGGGGGAGGUACUCUAGAUGCCUUAUUUAGAUUCGAGUUCUUAUUGUGUUUUCUGGAAUUUUGAGAUUUACUAAGAGCAGAUUCGAUUUUACAACCAACAUGCAGCAAUUUUUAUUGGCCAUUUUGUCUUUUUCCAGUGUUGAAGUAAUGGAAGAAAAUCAUUUCGAAUA